UUGUGUCUCUUUCCAAUCUCAACAUGAAGCUAAUCUCGCUGAACUGCAUUAUGAUCCUGGUGGUUCUUUGCUGCCUGGAUGAAUCAAAAUCCCAGACCAACUCCUCGUCUAGUUCGCCAAGUUCGAGCACCAGCAACAGUGGAAACGCCAAGAAUGUAGUAGUCUCCAAUUUGAAGUACACGGCUGUCAGGAGGAUCCGGGUCGGCAGCAGCACCUCCAGCACUGCGACCACCCGGAGUGCCUCAGUGCGCAACAAGAACCUGAGGGCCAAGCGGGCCCAGGCCAAGCGUACCCAGGCCAAGCGUAGUCAGGCUAGGCGCUCCAAGGCUCUGAACGGCCGCAGGACCAGGGGCUAAGCUAAGCUGAGGGAGUGGAUCCGAUCCCAUUCCGCUCUAUGGCCAUGUUAUCUAUUCAGCUAAAAGUCAAUCUUUUAUUUUGAGUUCAUUCUAAACACAAAAAACACUUAAGUUUAUCGACAGACGAAUUAAAUUAGAUAAAUACGUAACUUGUACUGUUUGUUUAUGCUAUUUUGAAUUGAAAGUAGAGACAUUUGAGAUGGAACUACCUGGAACCCGCCACC